AUGAAGCAUGGCUCGCGCUGUGUUGCCAUGCCGCUGAACAUUCAUGCCCAGUUCCUUUCAGACGAAGAGCUGAGCGACGCCUUAGAGCUUGUGGAGGUGGCGCUGUUUCCUGAAGUGGAGAUGAACUUUCCCAUGGAUGCUCAAAGCCGGGAAGCCGUGCACCACUCGGACGUUAACCCGUUUAGAGUAGAGGAAAAGACUGGGAGCCGUGUCAGAUAG